AUGUCUCAUCAAAACAUGAAAACUCCAAGAUUUGAAAAUUCCUAUGUUAUUCGUGUGAUUUCAAUAGUUCUGAUAUUGGGAUCAGUAGCAGAAUGUGGAAUACCUAGUAGUAAAUUGAACAAUUUCGAUUAUCCUGCAAUCAAUUGCAGAAAACACAGUGCAAUUUUGACAGAUUUUGGUGGUGUUGGCGAUGGAAAAACAUCUAACACAAAGGCUUUUAAUUCAGCAAUAACUAACCUAAGCCAAUAUGCAAAUGAUGGUGGUGCACAACUUAUUGUUCCACCAGGUAAAUGGCUCACCGGAAGCUUCAACCUCACAAGCCAUUUCACAGUUUUUCUCCAAAAAGACGCUGUCAUUCUUGCAUCUCAGGAUGAAUCAGAAUGGCCCCAACUUCCUGUUUUACCAUCUUACGGAAAAGGUCGAGAUGGAGUAAUUACUGAUAGAUGGUCUAGCAGUCUCAUAUUUGGAACUAAUCUCACUGAUGUGGUAAUUACCGGUAACAAUGGAACAAUUGAUGGACAAGGAUCAUAUUGGUGGAACAUGUUCCGCAAGCAUCAAUUGAAAAUCACUAGACCUAACAUGAUUGAACUCAUGUACUCUAAUCAAAUUCAAAUCUCUAAUCUUACUUUGGUUAAUUCCCCAGCUUGGGUUGUCCAUCCAAUUUACAGCAGUGACAUAAUUAUAAAUGGACUCACCAUCCUUGCACCUAUUGACUCUCCAAACACAGAUGGCAUAGACCCUGAUUCAUGUACAAAUGUUAGGAUUGAAGACAACUUCAUUGUCUCUGGUGAUGAUUGCAUUGCAAUAAAAAGUGGAAUUGAUGAGUACGGAAUCAGAGUUGGAAAGCCAUCUCAACAAAUUAUCAUAAGAAGGUUAACAUGUAUAUCACCUGAUAGUGCUAUGGUUGCAAUAGGGAGUGAAAUGUCAGGUGGAAUCCAAGAUGUUAGAAUUGAAGACAUAACUGCUAUCAACACUGAAUCAGCUGUUAGAAUCAAAACAGCAGUCGGUAGAGGUGCAUUCGUGAAGGACAUUUUUGUUAAAGGAAUGAACUUGAAUACAAUGAAAUAUGUGUUUUGGAUGACAGGUGAUUAUAAAUCACACCCUGGUGAGGGGUAUGACCCAAAAGCAUUGCCUAAAAUCAGUGGAAUCAGUUAUAGAGAUGUUAUUGCGAAGAAUGUGACUUAUGCUGCGAAACUUGAAGGGAUUUCAAAUGAUCCUUUUACAGGAAUAUGUAUUUCUAAUGCGACUAUUGAAAUGAAUGGACAGAAAAAGCUUCCAUGGAAUUGCACUGAUGUUUCUGGAGUUACAAGUAAUGUAAGCCCUAAACCUUGUGAAUUACUGCCAGAGAAAGAGAAGUUGGACUGUUCUUUUCCUAGUGACAAACUGCCCAUUGAGAAUGUUCAGUUCAAGACCUGUUCCUACCAAAGUAGUGUCUUCUGA